AUGAACACAUGGACGAGUCUGUUGGUCAUUGCAGCACUAGUACCUCCUUGCAGCUGUUCACCCGGAGGCUCGAUUGGCACCAGACAAAAAAGGGCUUUCAUCGGAUAUUGCUCAAACGGACUCGAAGCUGUUGCCGGGUGUUUUCUGGAUAAUACAUGCGGAGGACAGUUUCAAUGUGAUCUCUCCACUGGUCUCUGCUGCCUACGCACUACCUCUCCUUUUCUCUACUCUACUCCGAUGACCCCGUUUACUCAGGUUUAUGAUCUGCUAUGCAAAGACGGCAACCCGGCGUAUUCUCAGUGCGACCUCGGGGGAACAUGUCCUCAGGACUACAUUUGUACUCAAGACUUCAAAUGUUGCAAAUCAGGCACAGGCGCAAGCUGCAAUUUCAAUUUUUUCCCAACCCGUCCUUGCAUGAAUCAAAGAUGUUUUCCGGGCGAGUACUGCUCCGCUGAUGGUUACUGCUGUCCAGUGGAAGAUGGUAAUUACGUAUUUUACAAUUACUAUACAUGACA